UGAUUUUUACGUAAACCCAGACGAAAGUCCACGACUUGAUUCCCAGAAAUCUGUGUUUACCACUACCUGAUCUAUUUGUUUAACUGUAACGGCAACAUUUUCAACCAUCGGAAGUCGAUGAUCACACAUCUUGGGAAAAACCCACCUCUUGAAAAUCUGGUAGUUUAUUUUUUCUCUGACACAUCGAUCUUGGGCAUAAAACUAAAUCUCCCGGAAGUCAGUGUCCAAGCCAGUUCUCUUGUGACUGCCGGCAAUGGCGGUGAUUAGCGGUGUAUUGUUGGUUGCGGCAUUGUUGAGUCGGGAAACCGCUGCUUUAAUUGAAAAUCAAGCGUGUAAAGUUCCCGCAACCGGUGAAAACGGCCAGUGUAUUCAGUUCCAAAAUUGUCAGUAUGCUAGAGACUUAGUUCGUUUGAAAAAGAAUCCAGAGAUUUGUGGAUUUAAAAGGAACACUCCGUUAGUGUGUUGUCCCGUUAAACAGAAAUUGACUGAAUCCAAACCCGGAGCGCUAAGUCAAAAAAAAUGCGGCGAAUAUUUCAACCAAAGAGUGCUACCGCAAUCAAUCGACUUUGGAACGAAAUCUAAAUCUCGAGAAUUUCCUCAUAUGGCAGCUGUUGGUUACGGUCAAACUAAAAAUUUAUGGUUAUGUGGAGGAACUCUUAUCAGUCACCGUUUCGUCCUAAGUGCCGCACAUUGCGCAUACUCUGCAGAUUUUGGACCAGCAACGUUGAUUCGUGUGGGAGACCUAGAUUUAAAAAAUACCACCGAAGACGCAGACCCUCAAGACUUCAAAAUCACCAAAAUCCAUGUACACCCAAAAUACAAACUCUCUUCGCACUACCACGACAUCGCUCUAUUUAAAACCGAAAAACACGUUUAUUUUGGGUUUUAUGUAAAGCCGGCUUGUUUGCAAGUGCCAAAGAAUCUUCCCAUUAACACUUUAGUAGCAACUGGAUGGGGCAAAAUGGGUUUUCUUGGUGAAGCAAGCAGUCAUUUAUUGAAGGCUGAUCUAACUAUUGUCAACCAUGGUACUUGUGCCAAAAGAUACGCCAAUGUUGCUCAAACCAGGAAAUUGACCAAAGGUAUUUUAGAUGAAUUUCAAAUCUGUGCUGGAGAUGCUCAAGGAAAAGACACGUGUCCGGGUGACUCGGGAGGACCGUUGCACUAUGCAUUAAAGAGAAAGAAUAAUCUUGCUUUUCAUUUUGUAGUCGCCGGAAUUACGUCCUUUGGGAAAGGAUGUGGUGGCGAAAAUAGUGUGGGGGUUUACACUAGAGUGUCGGCGUAUGUUAGGUGGAUAGAAAAUAUAGUCUGGAAGGAAGAUGACUAAUUUUACUGAGAAAUAAGAGAGUGUAAUUUUUAUGUUUAUGGAUCAGUAAAGUACGAGAUUCUCUGAGAAAAUUUUAGUAAAGUGAUUUUUUUAUUGAGUGUCUUCUUAAUUUGGAAGUUCGUUGUGACGAGUUUUGCAAAUAAAUAAAAUAACACACA